AUGGAUCGAGCUUCAAGUAUACAAGAAGGUGAACUCGAGGAGGUUCCUGGUGAGGCUAGCUUAGAGUAUAUGACUUGGUAUAAGCAGCGUACAAGAUUGCUUAUUGGCAACCCAUCAUUGAGACCACUAUUACCAGCUGGUUAUCAGGGUAUUGCACCAGCUAAUGAGAUGAUGGUAGAUACAUUGCAUCGUGUCUAUUAUAGAUCACUUGAAGCAUUACCACAUGAUGAGGCCAUCUCUGUUCCUGCUCUCACUGAUAUUCGGGAUAUGUGCCAAUCAACUAUGCGUGCCAUUGGAUGUGAGAUGAGAUUGAAACUCCUACCAUUGAAUCCAAUAAUGCCGCUCUCAAUGGAUGAAGAGUUGCAACAUGUAGUUCCACGGGCACGUGUUCGAAGAGCCACACAGAAGACACAUCUGGAGUUUGAUUUGCAACAUCAAACACAAGAACAUGUUGAUCGAAAUAAGCGUGACACUUGUAAAGGUCGUGGUAAAAAUCAGCAUCUACCCUUGCGGCCACCAUCUAAAAGAGUCAGAAGGCAAAAGUUGUGUUACUCUGGAGGCAUUCUCAAAUGA